AUGUUGUUCCUACCCCUUCUUCUAUUCUUCCUGCCCGUCACGCCAUACGAAAUACACACUCUCCCCAACCACUCUCCGGCAGACACACUCCGCGAAAUCAGACGAAACAUCCUCGCCAAACGUCUUCCGCACCAUACACAACCCAGAAGCCAGAUUCGACAGAAUGGCACCCGAGCAAUAACAACAACCGUAAACAUCGUCUGCAAGAAAUGCUACAUCAAGGGCUCUGCGCGGGCCCAACUCUCCGCAACGUCCUUCAACACCACGACAAUAUCAAACACGCUUCAAUCCUCCUUUGACAACACUUUCAACGAUAUUAAAUCGUAUAUAGGGGACGUGGCCACACAAGUCAAGGAUGAAAUUAAAGACACACUAGACUUUGACUUUAAAAACGACCAUGAUUUCAGACUCCCCCCUCCACAGAUCGCCUUUGACCUUGACAUCCCUGCGCUUCCAGAGACGCUUCUGGAGAUUGAACUGCGCGAUGUAGACAUGUAUAUCGAGUUGGGCGUCACCCUGUCCGAGGGUCUGACAUACACGAUCCCCCUAUUUCGGAGCACGCAGCUCGGCGCACAAGUAGGCAACAUGUUUGCCGGCGCAGUCCUGAGCAUCGACUUGGUGCUGAGCGUCCUGGCGGGUGUGGAGAUGGACACAGGCUUCCACGUGAAGAUGGAUGAAGGCGUCGUCAUGAAGUUGGGCUUAUUCGCCAAGGAAGCAAGCGACCUCAGCUUCAACGGCGCAAAAUUCGAAUUCCUCCCCGUUACGAUCCUCACUGCAACGACGAGCCUCAAGGCUAUUCUGCGUGUGUCUGUACGGACCGGCUUCUCUCUCGGCAUCGACUUCAGCAAGCCCAUCACUGUGCUUAAUGAAUCGCUCUCGAAUCUUCGGCUAUCAGCGGGCAUUGAAGCCACUGCGUUUGCGAACCUCGCAGAGUUUACUACCAAUAUCACAGCGCUCAAUGUAUCCCGGGCUAUUGGCGACAGGCAGUGCGAUCUGCUCCUCCAGCAGGGUUACCGACUGGCUAUUGGGGCUGCGGCCGGCGCGUCAGUCGCCUUCCUUGGGAAUACGUAUGGACCGGUGCCGAGGACAGAGAUUCCCAUCUUUUCAACUGGCUUGUCGGAGGGUUGUGCUGCAAAAGCCACCCCAACUUCAACUUCAACUCCUUCUAGUCUCAUCAAGCGGGACGACGGAAUGGUGACUAUAUCGACAGUCAUCCAGACGACGUACACGGCCACAGUAUGCGCCGCCAACCUCGUCAAUUGUCCUGCCUCCCUGCAAAGCCAAUCAAGCACAUCUGAAAAAACAACCCUCACAACAACAAUCCCGUCCGGCCAAACACCCAUCUGGCAAACCGCCCCCGCAACAACAGCCAAGCCCAUACCAUUCGGCAAACACGCCCACACCCUAUCCGGCUCCUCAGGAAAGCCCGUGUCCUUCGUGCCCAGGGAGACGCACAAGCCCAGCGUUGCAGAGGUGCUUGAGAGAAAAACAGGCGGGGUGAGCAACAAGGUCAUCGUGGGGGUAAGUGUUGGGGCGGGCGUGCCUGUUCUUUCUGGUGUUGCCUUGGGGGUCGUGAUUUGGCGUAGGAGGCGUGCGAGGAGAGUGCCGACGAGUUUGUCGUUUGGGGAUGUUGGGGUGCCGAAGGGGAUGAGGGUGACGGAGAGGUAUGCGUCAUGA